AUGGAUCGAAAAACUAUCGAGCAGCCCACAUCCGCGUUCUUCCUCGGAUACAACGGUGAGCCCAUAAGGAGGGGCAAUGUUCAGCGCCUCUUAAAGCGCUUCCUGGAUAAUUCCGGGCUGGGAACUCUGAGAAUAUCGUGCAAUACCUCGCGCCACGAUGCAGCAAGGAUCCAGUACGAGCGCUUUUUCUCUGCCUCGUAUCAGGAAUAUAGCCCUGUUGAUAAAGAUUGCGCAGUGCUGGAAGGGCACAGGCCGAGAACGCAACUACUGAAUUACAACGAUAACUAUAUCAUGGCCUGCGCUACGGCAUAUCAUAAGUUGCAAGUGUUUGCUGACGAGGAGGCACGUGAAUACGCGGAGCGUGUAGACAGAGCUUGCAGGAUGGUUCACAUAGCAGACUUGGGACUGAAUGAAACCGUAGAGGAUGACACUUCCGAAUCCUCUCCGUCAUCAAGCGAUGACGACGAUGAUGAUGAUGAGGCCUCUGCGAGAGAGAAACACCGAAGUCCCCUGGCGAAAAGGCGACGAUCGCAGCGAGAAACUUCCCCAUCCACGAAAGAUGAACCUGCCCACGAGUCCCCGGAAUACAUGGAAUGCUCCUCCGCUGGAAGUCCGAUGUCUCUCCCCGCAUUUGCUGAUGAGAGUACACAGCGUAGUAGGAGCGCAGAUGCAUCUGAGGAAGUCUGUCGCGAAAACAUUGACGACAUCAGCCGAAUACUACAGCGCUUCAAUAAGCGCACCUAUGACGGUGGACUCAGCCGGCUAGAGACGAACUAUGAAAAGAAGGAAUUUUUCCGUCGCAGAGAUGCGAAACCAGUCCAAGAUUACCCUUGGCUGGAAGUACGGGAAUUGCCCGCACCCGUCAAUGGAAGGGGCAUAUUUGCCAAAGUGGACAUCCCCAAAAGUUAUGUGGUAUGCGACUACAGGGGAAAAGAACUGCAUUGGGACGAUGCAGAUAGGAGGUUGAAUGCGCUCGGAAGCGAGGACCAAAAGAUCGUUGAGAGUUAUAUGGUCGAAUACAACUUCCACAUUCGCGCCAUUCACUUUCAUCACGCAAUCCUCGCGCACGCCCCUACAUACAAGGGCACAGUCGUCUUGGGACGACUUAUCAAUCACAGCGCCCUUCAUCCGAAUCUGGCGAUCGAAGUGACGUCGAUGCGGCAGGAGAUCCUGCAGCCGCUUGUAUAUUUUAGAACAAUUCGCAAGGUCAAGGCCGGAGAGCAGCUGCUGUGGGACUACGGGCCCAAGUUUGGAAGGAAUCUUCCUUGCAUCUGCAAUAAUUGCAGGCCAGAUGUACUCGCAGAUUCUACAGCGACUCUUCGGCCUUCGACCUAUCCUGUAAUCUCGGCUGCUAUAUGGAGCGAACUGCCGUCCCUCUCCCAACAGGUUAUUGCAGGAGGCGGUCUGCGGGCUCCGCUGUCAGUCUCGGAUGUGUUGGUAGCCGCAGCGCAUAGAGCGGGAGCGGCAGCGUUGAUUGAAGAAAGCGCCGGCACCAACGCCAUGGCGGCAUAUGAGAAGAGCCGACGAGUAGUGCUCGGCACCUCGGAAACGAUUGCCGGAGCACUCUCUAUGCCGCCUGGCGUCACCAGUCUAUACCAUCUACUGUGUGCGGCGCAUUUCGAUGCGUUUGCCCUCGGAAAUCCAACUAUUAUUACGAUAAGGAAGAAUAGGCGAGAUUUCCGUCCCCUCGUUUUGCUCUUCGGCUCAGCCUUACCGGCAGAGUCGACGAAGCGAUAUGGUAGCUGUGUCACAUAUGUGGCUACAGAAGAUAGCACGUACGCAGUGGACUACCAGCGUUCCGCGACGGCGCAGAGAGACAGCCUGGAUGUAGAAUACCGCGCAGGGACGCUGAUCUGCUUACCGGAAGUUGAGGACGAUCUUUGGGACCGUAUUCUGAAGGCUUCCAAAGACCCACGCUCGCUCACCAGGCUACUACUAUCACAGCAGAGGUAUAUUGACAACUUGUCCACAUCUCUUUGA